AUGUCUGGCAUCAUUCACAAAGAGAGCCUGCCUGGGCAGGGUGUCAUCAAGCGGCGCCGCGUCGACACCCAAGCGACGACAGAGCCCUGCAAAGAAGGCGAGCAGGGAGACGACAAUGCGAAGCACGUGGGCGAUGUCUUGAAGAGUUUGGCAGGCGAACACGACACCAUCAGAAGCACUGUGGACCCGUCUGGCCCACUCAGCUCUGCCACUAAGUCGUCGGCGAAGGCUGCGCAAGCACGCAGUAGCAGCAGCAGCAGCAGCAGUGAUGAUGAUGAGGACGAUGAUGAUCAGAUCGAGCGUGAAAACGCGCGCCUGGCGAAACUGCGUGAGCAGCGCAGUCGUCGCCAGCAGGGGCAACAAAACACCGGUGGAGCCUCCUCAGCUUCUUCCGCGCAGCCAUCAGCUAAUAUGCUAGGUGGUGUCGACACCACGUCCUCUCCCUCUGCUUCGAAGGCGCAGGAAGCCGCGGUGCACACAAACAGCUACGACCACGACGUGCUCUUCCGAAACCCAGCGUGGUGCGCUCCGUCCAAAACGACCACCGCAGCGGAAAAGCGGCAGCGAAAGUGGGACUCUGUGCUGAACCGCACUCAGGACUCGGUGGCCUUUGGGCACUUUAUGAAGAACUUCUUCAAGUGA